GAAUGCGUAGCCAUUGUUGGUGCUGCGAUCGUUAGUUUCUAGAUCCGAGAUCGUCAUGGGCACGGAAAGCCAUCCGAUUGUACGAGACUCCAGGAAAAUGUCGGUGGAGCUCAGUACGGGGCACUGAUACGAUAUUAGUGCGAGAGAUCGACGUCCGCAUUCGUAAGUGUGGAACUAGUUGGUCGGGCCGCGUCCGCGUUUGUCGCGUAUGCGAACCGAGCGCUCGCGCUCGCACGAGUGAGAGUGAGUGAGUGAUACGGUGGGGCACACUCGGCGGCGGCCAUAACACCGACCAACCAAACUAGCGAGCAGGGAGAAAGCGUAGUGCGAGUGUCCAAGACGUAGUGGUAGUGUUUUUCGAUAGAAUUCCUGUGAAAAGUGGACUUCCAUUGAUCAGAUGUUGCUAAUGUCGCGAGUCUUGGCUGGAGGUACGGAGUCUCACAGCAGUGUACAGGGCUGACAUUCAAAGUACUACCAAUUGGUAGGCUUGAGUAGUGUUAUGCCUCCACGGCACCAAUCUCCCUGGUUGCAGCGCAAUCAUCUUGGCAAGCAAUUAGUGAGCUACCAUGCUCAAUUCAGAAUAUAUCCUUGCCAUCUCAAUUGUUGAUGAAGCCUCAUAGCGUCAAGCAUCAACGUAAGGCAGUUACCUGCUGCAUAGCAUUUAUGUACCAUAUAUGUCGGAAAGAAACGAAGCCAAGAUGCAGCAGGUGGACACUAUCUCUCAAAAUAAUUCGUUAGAUGUGGAGGAGCGAGAAAGGCUGUGUAAUAUACCGAAGACAAGUGCACCUGGUAAGACAUCGACUACACCAGCAACUCCUGCAAAGGAGCCACCACCACGUGAUGAACCACCGGUGGAACCUGUGAAUGGUGUAGUUCAACCACCUGUUGUGCCUCCACCUAAUCGCCCAGGGCGUGUUACCAAUCAACUACAAUUUCUUCAAAAAGGUGUACUCAAACCAGUAUGGAAGCAUCAGUUCGCAUGGCCUUUCCAACAACCUGUAGAUGCCAAAAAACUCAAUCUGCCAGACUAUCACAAAAUUAUAAAACAACCAAUGGAUCUGGGCACAAUCAAAAAACGAUUAGAAAAUACAUAUUAUUGGAGUGGGAAAGAAUGUAUUCAAGAUUUCAAUACAAUGUUUACCAAUUGUUAUGUUUACAACAAACCUGGAGAAGAUGUCGUGGUUAUGGCACAAGCUCUCGAAAAAUUGUUUCUUACAAAGGUUGCACAAAUGCCAAAAGAAGAGGUAGAACUCGAACCUCCUGUUCCAAAGGGACCCAAAGGCAAAAAAGCUGGCAGAGUUGGAGCACCAGUAGGUGGUGUAGCAGGAGGUGCGGGAGGCACAGGUCGAGGUCGACCUUCCUCUGGUGCAGCUGCGGUUACUUCCAGUGUACCAAAUAGCCUAACGCCUUCAGCUACAUCAGCUGGGACAACGGGUGUAAUCCCAAUGCCUCCUCUUGGCACCCAAGCACCUGCAUCUGUACCUGGGAGCACUAAUACAACUACUAUUGCUCCUCCAUCAAGCAUGGGAGUUACUCCCAUGGCUACACAUAAUUCUCUGCCUCAACAAGUGGUCCCUCCAACUAGCGGUUAUCAUGCACAACCAGCAAUGGAUCCACAAGCAGCUUCUGCUGUACCUCCUCCUCCACAAGUUCCCACUGCACCCACGGUAAUGCCUCCAUCCCAACCAGCAAAACUUAAAAAGGGGGUGAAGAGAAAGGCUGAUACUACAACUCCUACUGCAAAUUCUUUUGAACCUUUAUAUAAACUGGAUCCUAAAAAUGCCAAAAUACCUACAAGGCGAGAGUCUGGCAGACAAAUAAAGAAGCCAACGAGGCAAGCGGAAGACGGCUUAGUGCCAUUCCAGGGCAACAUGCCCCUGAUAGGGGCAAUGCCCCAACAGCCUCAACAUACUACUGGGAAGUCGAAAGAAAAACUUUCGGAAGCUUUGAAGUCUUGUAAUGAGAUUUUAAAGGAAUUGUUCUCAAAGAAACAUUCGGGAUAUGCAUGGCCCUUUUACAAACCAGUUGAUGCAGAACUCUUAGGUCUUCACGAUUAUCACGACAUUAUCAAGAAACCAAUGGAUCUUGGUACUGUAAAGACAAAGAUGGAUAAUCGUGAAUAUAAAACAGCACAAGAGUUUGCUAGUGAUGUGCGACUCAUAUUUACUAAUUGUUAUAAAUAUAAUCCUCCUGACCAUGACGUUGUUGCAAUGGCUAGGAAACUCCAAGAUGUGUUUGAAAUGAGGUAUGCAAAAAUUCCGGAUGAACCAAUGGGAAGUAUGGUAGGCAUAAAAGGUAGCAGUAGUAGUGCUAGUAGUUCCGGAUCUGAAAGUUCUUCUGAGAGUGAUGAUUCGGAUGAAGAACGUACUCAAAAAUUGGUUGCUUUACAGCAAGAGCUGAAAGCUAUGCAAGAACAAAUGAGGAAAUUAGUGGAAGAAAGUGGUAAGAAGAAGAGUAAAAAGAAGAAACCGGAUAAGUCAAAAUCAAGGCCAAUGAGCAAUAAGAGUAGUAGCCUUGUUGCCAGUCAUACUGGUGCCAUGAAAGAACUAAUGAAACCAAGUGGUGGAAUCCCAAGUGUCUCUGAUAGUGUUGGUGCUAGUAUAGCCAGUGUUGCAAUGGGAGCAGGUGAUUUGAAAAUGCCUGGUGGUAUGGGUGGUGAUCUCCAUCAUCCUGCAAUAGCGGUAGGACCUAAUAAAACUCAUGGAACAGGAAGCAUGAGUCAUCAUCUGCCAACGGCGGCAAAUGCUAAGCCAAAGAGAACAGGAAGAGGGCCUGGAAAAGCUGCAACAGCAAAUACUGCAAAUAAAAGGCCAAAAGCAAAUAGUAAAUCAACUGGAACUAAAAAGAAAAAUGCCAGUAGUCAACCACCACCGAUUACAUUUGACUCAGAAGAUGAAGAUAAUGCUAAACCAAUGUCUUAUGAUGAGAAGAGGCAACUUAGUUUGGAUAUCAAUAAAUUACCUGGAGAUAAAUUAGGACGUGUUGUGCAUAUAAUACAGUCUCGUGAACCUUCAUUGAGGGAUUCCAAUCCAGAUGAAAUCGAAAUUGAUUUUGAAACAUUAAAACCAUCCACAUUGAGGGAAUUAGAGAGCUAUGUCGCUUCGUGUCUUAGAAAAAAGCCACAUAAAAAAGUCAGUGGUAAAUCUAAGGAUGAGCAAAUGGCAGAGAAAAAGCAGGAGCUAGAGAAAAGGUUACAAGAUGUUACAGGGCAAUUAGGCAAUGUUAAGAAAACCACUAAAAAGGAGGACAGUAGUAAAUCAGUCGAUGUAGUUGGAACUGGAGGAGCUAGUGGGCCUUCGCGAUUGUCAGCAUCAAGCAGUAGUAGCAGUGAUAGUGAUUCCAGCAGUAGUUCACUUUCUUCGAGCUCCAGUGAUUCAAGCGACAGUGAAGCAGGAAACUCUUCCAAUCGCCCACCAAGAAAGAAAACAAAGAAGAGUACACCAAGUACAGGACCUCCUCCAACAACAACUACUGUUACUCCGGCACCUACAAUGAAUCAUACUGGAAGUCUUUUAAUGAACAGUCAACCCCCAACAAAUUCUACGGGACCAAUAACAAAACCAGCUGUAACUCAAUCUAGCAAUGUUUCUUCAGAACAAGGUGGCAAUAGUCAACAAUCUGUGGCAGUAGCAGCAGUUACAGCUGGUCAAGGAAUGCCUGUAGCCAGUCACGCGUCUAUGCCAGCACAACCACCGCGAUCUACGGCUAUGGCUACGGCUGCACCUGUAAAAAAACCUACACCACCACCACCGAUUACAUCUAAUCCACCAACUCCGUCAGUGUCCGUACCAACUCCACCACCAAGUGUUACACCUACAAAUACAAAUUCUAUAGUAGCUUCACCGGUUGUGCCUCAGCCACCACAGCCACCCACAUCCGUUAGUUCCUUUCCAAAUGCAAACACACCUAUAUCCACAGAUGGGGCAACUUUAACUCAACAGUCAGAUCUUUUGCAACCAUAUAAUACUUUAGCUCCUGUGCCUACUACGCAAACAUCGUUGGAACAAACGAUGUCGUUAAAAAAAAAACCGCACAUACCAAUGAUUCAAACACCACACACGACAACUAAUAACACCAAUUUAAAUUUACUGCCUGAUGUAAAAGCACCAGUGAAUAUGAUGCCUACAAGUAUGGCAUCUAGUCUAAGUUUGGGAAAUAUAACCAUGGCCAAUCUCAAUAUGAAUUUACAACAAGGGUUGGCCACGCAUAUGUCUAUGCACAACCAGUUGGAGAAUAUGAUAAACACAACUUCACCAUUGACCAGUAUACAAAAUUCCCAUAAUGCUACAAUGUCACAACAGCAUUCCAAUGGAUUUUCUAAUAUUAAGCGCGAGAAUUCUCCGCCUAAUAUGUUGAAUAAUAAUGGUAUACCUGGUCUCAAUAUGGGAAUGAACAUGGGUGGAAUGGGAUCAAUUUUUGAUCCUAUAUCUAUGGUCUCUAUGCCAAUGCAAAUAUCUCAAAUGCCAAUUAAGAAAGAAGAGAAAUCAGUAUCAAUCUCUCAACCGCAAAUGCCUCAGAAGCCUAUGGAUGCCGGAGCUCUUUUUGCAGAGAUGAGUAGUGGGAUGCCACCAAUGGGGAAUCAUUCAAGUUCGCAACUCAUGCCUGAGAAGAAGAUGACACCACCCGACUCGAAAAAUCCUGUGUCGAAUUUUGCAUCAGCUUUCAAAAAUAAGACUGUAGAACAGAAUGUGAAAAAUGCUUCAUCGUGGUCAUCUUUAGCGCAAGCAUCGAGUCCCCAAUCCGCGGCAGGAAGUAGCAUGAAAAGUGCUGCACAGGAUUCAUUCCAAGCAUUCAAAAAGCAAGCAAAAGAAAAACAAGAUAGGCAAAGAGCUCUCUUGGAACAACAAGAAAUGCGUAGACAACAGAAAGAGCAGGCAGAACGGGAACGUUUGAGGCAAGAAAACGAGAGAAGAAGAGAACGGGAAGAAGAAGAUGCUUUAGACAAAGUUAGAAAAACUGUCGGUGAUCAACAAGGGAACGUCAUGACUGCUACGUCAAGGGCGGAAGAGGUCAAAGCCAUUGUCGACACCGAUAGUAGUAGUCCAAGUCAUUCAUCCAGUCAAGACAAGGCUGCAGCCGAAAGAGAACGUCAGAGGCUACGGGAACAAGAACGACGACGACGCGAAGCGAUGGCUGGGCAAAUUGACAUGAACAUGCAAAGUGAUUUGAUGGCUGCGUUUGAGGAAUCGUUAUAAUGUUAUUUGCUGCUCAUUGUAAAUCCACUAAAACCGGGCAGGACUUGGAUGAAUGUUUGGCGCUGGACGAUACUGCAGAAACGUAUUAAUAUAU